AUGAGCGCUGAUCCUACUAGAGAGCCCCCAUUUUACUUCAUGAAGCCUAGCGAUGCAGUGACGCCUCCUCCUGGAGAUGGGCAGGCUGUAUUGAAGCUUCCCUAUCCUAGAGGUCCAACAGGUCUCGUCCAUCACGAAGGGGAGUUGGUCGUAUGUCUCGGCCCUGGUGCUUCCAACGAGAUGACCCUCUGUCAAGAUGAUGAUGACAAUCAGCUGAUACAAGAAUGUGUCUUUGGUUAUGCUCUUGGUGUUGACCUUACUAAGAGAGAUAUACAGGCUAAGGCGAAAUCUAUGCGAAGGCCGUGGGAAGAAUCAAAGUCUUUCGAUAACUCAGCUCCCAUCAGUGCAGUGUAUCCUCUGCGAGACUCUCUACCAUGGGAGACGGCGUUGCUUCGUCUCAAGGUGAACGGCGAAGUGAGACAGGAAUCAACCCUUGAUAAGAUGAUAUGGCCGGUCGCCGACAUCAUUCGAUACAUUGCUCAGAGGAACGAGAUCGCUGCUGGGGAUUUGAUAUUCACCGGGACGCCCGCUGGCGUCGGCCCACUGAGUAUCGGAGAUCUCUGCGAAGUUGAGCUAGUCCAAAAAGAUGAUCCUACAGUGCCGAUAUUGCCCGGAGCUAAAUGCUCACUACAAUUUACUUAG